AUGGCCCGGCAGGGAAAGUGCUCGGUGGGGCGCUCAGAAGGGCAGAAGGAAGCUGUGGUUUGGUCCGUGCCAGCCGUGGAACGCUCUCCCACGAGGUUCACCAAGGGCUCUGAUUCAAAAGGAGGGAGAGAGAAGAUCGACGGCUCCCGCAAUACGAAGCACAACCAGCCUGGGGCCAGUCCAGAGAUGCAGGCCGAGGCGCUCCUGCAUUCAGGGAAGGCCAAGGGGCUUCGGUUUCCAGCCUCUGGGUGUGGGCAGCCCGCCUACUCUCCCCACAGCCGAGUGGUGAACGGUGAAGACGCUACGCCCUACAGCUGGCCUUGGCAGGUCUCCCUCCAGUAUGAGAGAAAUGGCGUCUUCCGUCACACCUGCGGAGGGUCCCUUGUGGCCCCCAACGUGGUCAUAACGGCGGCCCACUGCAUCUCACCAUCCCGCACGUACAAGGUGGUGCUGGGGGACUACGACCUCACUGUCGAGGAAGGGACCGAGCAGCACAUUCCCGUGAACUCUGAAGACAUUUUUGUGCAUCCCGCCUGGAACCCCAGUUGUGUGUCCUGCGGCAAUGACAUCGCUCUGCUGAAACUCUCCCGCACGGCGCAGCUGAACAACCAAGUUGGCCUGGGCUGCAUUCCCCAGGCAGGGUCCAUCAUACCCAACGGGUACCCGUGCUACAUCACCGGCUGGGGACGAAUUUCCACCGGCGGUCCUCUGCCCGCAAAGCUUCAGCAGGCCUUGCUGCCCGUGGUGGACUACCAGCAGUGCAGCCAGCCUGACUGGUGGGGAAGCUCCGUCCAGCAGAGCAUGAUUUGUGCCGGGGGAGACAUCCAGUCUGGCUGCAACGGCGACUCCGGCGGCCCGCUCAACUGCCAGGACAAAGAUGGCCAGUGGUACGUCCACGGGAUUGCCAGCUUCGUUUCCGCCUUGGGCUGCAACACCCUGAAGAAGCCCACCGUCUUCACCCGGGUCUCGGCUUUCAAUGCCUGGGUCCUGCAGCUCGUCCGCAGCCUGGUGCCAGCUUCGCCAGGAAGCCGAUCCCCUGAUGCUGCCACCUAUUCCAACAGCACAGCCGGCAAGGGAAGGGAAGCCCGUUGGCUGCAGGCUGAUUCCUCCUGCACAGAAAACACCAUUCGUAGCUCCAGGCAGACGCCCGCUCGAAACGCGUACGUGCAGGCAGGCCCGCCUCUCUUGGCCGGGCUGAAGGGAGGGCUGGCCGGACCCACGGCAAGAGCCGAGGCAUGCCAGGGCCAGGACAGGCCGCCCGGGGCCCACCUCCCGUGGGUCAAAGCAGGGGGGCCCUCACCGGGCUCUCCAAGAGACAAUGACCUCUGGAUCAGCUGGCUAAGCCUGCCUCUGCGGGAGAAAAGAGCUGUUUCCUCCACCCUCCGGGGGCCCGGCUACCGUGCCAAGGAGGGCCACUCAGAGGCCUCCCUUUGCCCCCUCCACCCUUUAAUAGCAGACACAUGGAGGCCCAGGCAGCGAGGCGACUUCUGUGGCAGAAGUCUGGGGUAG